UUAAAAUUAAAGUGAAGCACUUUAACAAAAACCUUCCCAUCCCAUCUCUCAUCAAUGGUGUGAGUGCUUGUUACAAGGUGGAGCUUUACGCAAUCCCAUUAUACCUUCCAUCUUCUCCCUCCUUCAUCCAUCCAACCACAAAAAUCUCUAGAAUCUUUCUCCUCCUACUUCAUUUCUAUCUCUUACUAGUUAUUACUUCCAUUCAAAAUUCUCUAACUAAUUCACCUAAUGUCUUCUUCAUCACUUUCAUCUACACACCAUUUGAACCGCAUCAACAAAAUCAACAACCCCUUUUAUUAAACCACCAUUUUUUUUCUCUUAAUGCUUUCAAGUUUCGAUUUUUUUUAAUAACAAAGGGAAAAAAGCCAUAGUGGCGUUUUGGUAAUUUUUUCCAUUUUCAUGGGUAACGUAGGAAGUUCACACAAUCGUCGGAGACACGGUGGCGGUGGAAGUGGCCGGCGUGUUCAUCCUCCGGUGACUCCUCCUCUACAAGAAGCUGCGGCGAACCAAUUUGCUCACCCUGCCGCUGCUACAGAGUAUCAGAAUUAUCCCAAUUACUAUCCUCCGCCGGCGACUGUUUCGAUGCCGUUACCGGCACCGUAUGAUCAUCAUCACCGUACGGCGAUGGACCCGAUAUAUGGACGGUAUCCGCCACCACCGCCGGCGCCUUAUGUGGAGCAUCAGAAAGCUGUUACUAUUAGGAAUGAUGUUAAUAUCAAGAAGGAGACACUGGGGAUUGAACCUGAUGAGGAAAAUCCUGGGCAGUUUCUUGUUACGUUUACUUUUGAUGCCACUGUUUCUGGGAGCAUCACAGUACUUUUCUUUGCAAAAGAAGGCGACGGGUGUGUCCUUACUUCGACAAAGGAAAGUGUUCUUGCACCGGUUAAUAUAAAUUUCCAGCAAGGUCUUGGCCAAAAGUUUAGACAGCCAGCCGGAACCGGUAUCAAUUUCUCAAUGUUUGAGGAAUCUGAGUUAUUGAAAGUGGGCGACGUGGACAUCUAUCCUGUAGCAGUUAAAGCAGACGCCUCUUCCGGUGCCGAGGAUGGAUCAAACGAAACUCCAAAAUCUGGUAGUAAAACAAACACAAACAACUCUCAGAUAACUCAAGCCGUAUUUGAGAAGGAGAAAGGAGAGUUUCGGGUGAAGGUUGUUAAACAGAUAUUGUGGGUGAAUGGAAUGAGGUAUGAGCUGCAGGAGAUAUAUGGUAUUGGAACUUCGGUCGAAAGUGACUUGGAUGGGAAUGACCCCGGAAAAGAGUGCGUAAUCUGCUUGUCAGAACCUCGUGACACAACUGUCCUUCCUUGUCGCCACAUGUGCAUGUGUAGCGAAUGCGCGAAGGUCUUAAGAUUCCAGACAAAUAGAUGUCCAAUCUGCAGACAACCAGUUGAGAGGCUUUUGGAGAUCAGAGUUGGGCCUGAGCCCAAGCCCGAGCCCGAGCCCGAACCCGAGCCCAAGGAGUGAAGUUACAACGUUAUCGACAACAAACUUCCUGUACAGUACAAAUGUUACUAUAGUUAAUGCAUUUCACUUACUUAAUUUCAUGUUUUUUCCAAUAAUCCAAAAAAAUAGAAACUGGAAUUAAUGCAUGACAUUCUGUUUAUAACAUGGAUUGGUUGGCAUUGCACCUGACUGUAUAAGCAAAUGCCUCCACCAUACUUGUUUGAUUUCACUUCUAACUUCUAAAUGGCUUUAAUGUAUAAUUUAAUGUUUUUUUUUCA